CUAGCCGUUUCACACGCGUAAUGGUCUGCCGGAGUACGUGCUCUUUGCUUGGACAUUUCGUAACAGUAGCUUCGUGGUGAAUUUCUCGAGUCGGUAUCGCCUCGCCCGUCACAUUACGCUUCCCAGAAAAUAACUCUAGUCUAGCAUGUCCGUUCCCAGCGAAGAGCCAAGUCCGGAAGGAAAGCGCUUUCGUGAGGAGUUGGAGAAGAGCGCUCGCUUUGGGACUACCGUGGCUGGGCUCGGCGAUUCGGGAGAUAGACAUCUGGAUAAAAGCUGGGAGGGUAACACCGAUCAGAAGCGACUUCUCCAUCAAUCAGAGAAGAAGCAGUACCCCCUUGUUACCAUGGAAACUGCAUCUACAGGCCAGAGCUACUCCUUCCAGCAGGAGGUGUCCCAUCUCCCCGGGGGGGUAAAGCGUGAGGAGCAGAAGACUAGUCCGCUGGGCGACCGAAUCGCUGGCCUGGAAUCGCAGGGCAUGUUCAGCAUUGACUCGGGCAUCGAGAUGACCCCCAGCGACCCCAUCGACGUUGCCCGGGACCUGCUGGAGUCAGGCAAGACAGAAGCUUACAACUACAUGGACAUCAGCUGCCGGAAGGAUCCGCUGGUGGGCCAGCCGCUGGCCCUGGAUGACUGGGAGCGGGUCAGCGCCGCCGCCUCCGACAUCCUGCUGGACAAGGACCCCUAUGGAAGGGACCUGACGAAGACCCCGGUUGCCCCAGCUACCACCGGCCCCACCCCCACGAUGGAGGCCCUUGCAGCCGGGAUCACACAGCAGCGCCGCCCUCUGGUGUCAGAGCGGGAGAGCAUCCUCAGUGUAGGUGUGAUGGGCGUGCCUACCGUCACCCUGUCAGAGCCGGAUGAGGACAGCCAUGGCUCGUCCACGCCCCCUACAGAGGAGGCAGACUCUCCCUUGGAUUUCGAGCUGCAGGCCAGUGAGGAAAGUCCCCUGCCGAGCAGCACCGCUACACAGCCAGACUCCCAGGACCGGGAGGACAGCAGCAUAGAGUCAGGUGACUCUGAGAUCGAGCUGGUGUUGGAGGAGCCGCCCCCACCUCGCCAAGGGCCGGCCAGCACUCCGCACCCCAGCCCCGCCCCUGCAGGAGCCCCGAGCCCUGCUCCCCCCCCACCUCCCAUCCAGUACAGCAUCCUUCGGGAGGAGAGGGAGGCAGAGCUGGACAGCGAGCUGAUCCUGGAGCCCUGUGAUGAGAGUCCCAUUAAGCAGCGUGUGGCCCCCCGUCCCCCCACCGAAAAAGCCCAGCCCAGACGGGCUGCCUCGCCUCCGUCCCCCAUCUCUGCACAUAAACCAGCCCCACCUGACUCCUGCGCUGCUCCUACCCCCAACGUGGGCCACGUCACUGCUAUCCGAAGAGAUGUGGUGGAGGCCACGCCUCCCGCCGCCACGGUAACCACGACAGUGCGAGUGGAGCAGCCCCCAGUGGAGGAAAAGGCCGUGAAGCAGAGGCGGACCAGCCAGACCAGGACGGGCUCAGACAGAAGGGCCUCGGUUCCAGCCUUCUUGCAGAGCCUGGAUCGGCAGACAGCCGUGAAGCUUCUGUACUGGCGGGAUGUGAAACAGACGGGCCUCCUGUUGAGUGCCAUGCUGUUGCUGCUGCUCUCGCUCACCCAGUUCAGCGUAGUCAGUGUGAUGGCCUACCUGGCCCUGGCCGCCCUCUCCACCACCAUCAGCUUCAGGGUCUACAAGUCCGUGCUGCAGGCCGUGCAGAAGACUGACGAGGGACACCCCUUCAAGGCGUACCUGGAGAUGGAGGUGGCACUGUCCCCGGAGCAGAUGCAGAGGUACGCCGAGACAGCACAGCACUACCUGAACAGCAGCCUGAAGGAACUGCGUCGUCUUUUCCUUGUGCAGGACCUGGUGGACUCUCUCAAGUUCGCUGUGCUCAUGUGGCUGCUUACCUACGUGGGGGCGCUCUUCAACGGCCUGACCCUGCUCAUCAUGGCGGUGGUGUCCAUGUUCUCCAUGCCGGUGGUCUAUGAGAAAUACCAGGCCCAAAUUGAUCAAUACCUUGGACUAAUAAGGACACAUGUAAAUUGUGUGGUUGGAAAGAUCAAAGAGAAGAUUCCUGGAGCCAAGCGGAAGGCGGAGUAGCCGCUUACCCCCCCCCGGGGAGAGAUGGAAGGGGACUGAGGGCAGACACACGGGUGGUGGGGGGAAGCCGUUGUGUCCGUUAGUUAGUAUGAUGAUGUCAUUGUCAUAGCGCCACUCGUGGCAGGAACAGCCGUCCCUCUCCCCUCCCCGGCAAGGUCGUCUGUAGAACCAUAGCGUUUACGCUCCAAACUGCUCGCUCUGCAGCCAGGAAGAGAAAUCCAAGGGAAAACAACAGUGACAAAAAAGAAAAAGAAUUCUAUGUGUUUAUUCCGUGUCGCUUCUCAAGUGCGUGGAGUUGCAGUUCCUGGAGUCUUAAUGGUCUUUGGUAAUUUUGGACACAAUGAUACUUCAUGAACCAUUUGCUGUGUUUUCUGACCCCACUAGAUGGCGCUCUUCGUUUGCUUUGGAACAUACUUUGUGCCCCUUUUUGAACAGAGAGCACCAUCUAGUAGGCUCAAAAAAUACAGCAAAUGGUUCGUGAAGCAUCAUUUUGUCCUUCACUAGUCUUCGGUAUCUUUUCGCUGUAAUUUCCUGCUUAUUUGACGGCACCGUGUGGCAGAUACUUUAGCUCUAAAGCUCAGCUGUGUCCCUUGAAGGCGCUUCACUAUCUCACUGGGUGGCUCGUGGAUCUUUCCUUUGUUCAGUUUGAAUGCAUACUUCUGUAUGUAUAUAUAUGUAUGGAAUGGAAAGGUGGACAGGUGUCUUUUUUGUGUUCUUCCUGCACAAAAUAAUGAAACUAUGUACUGAUGAUGUAUGGUAACAGUAUGUUUCAGUUUUCUUAAUCUGUAAGGGAGUCAAAAUCCCAUUUUAGGUACUAUUGUUAGAACACUACCAAGGUGCCAAGGGAUCCAGUCAAUGAGUGCUAGCCUGCAUAAUCUGUCCGACUUUGUAUGUUGUUCAGUGUAGAUUGUAGCCAUGGACCGUUUGCACUUACCAUGUACUCAUUAAUGAAUGCGGAAAUAAAUGUUCCUAAAUGUA